CCAAAUCAGGAAGAGGGACCAGCCUGAGAUUCUGAAGCUUUGCUUCCUCCCUGGCCCUUUCAUGCCAGUUGGUGGAAGGAGAUGAUGAAAACCCAACAGUUAACUUCACAGGAAAGGGCGUAUCCUUUCGAUUUCUGCUCUGUACUUCCCAACCUGACUCAAAACUGCUUGCCUGGAAUAUCUGGCUCAGAUUUUCAUCUCCCAAAGAGAGCAGCGGGUACCGGGAGGAAUCAGAAGCAAGAGAGAGCUGCAAGGGGAGAGUGAGGACAGCUGAGACCUUGUUCCUGUUUGCAGCGUCGGAGAUAGGUUGGCAGGUUGCCAUGGCAUCUGGAUUCAACAUGACAGCCCCCAUUUGUCUGGUGGAAAACAUCAAAGAGCAGCUCUCAGUGAAUCAGGAAGCUCUACAGAUUCUUGACCAGAUUUCUCAGCCAGUGGUGGUCGUGGCCAUUGUGGGACUGUAUCGCACAGGCAAAUCCUACUUGAUGAACUGUCUUGCAGGCCAGAACCAUGGUUUCCCUCUGGGCUCUACGGUGCAGUCUGAAACCAAGGGCAUCUGGAUGUGGUGUAUGCCCCACCCCUCCAAGCCUAACCACACUCUGGUCCUUCUGGAUACCGAGGGCCUGGGUGAUGUGGAAAAGGGUGACCCUAAGAAUGACUCGUGGAUCUUUGCCCUGGCUGUGCUUCUGAGCAGCGUGUUCGUCUACAACAGCAUGGGCACCAUCAACCACCAGGCCCUGGAGGAGCUGCAUUAUGUGACAGAGCUGACAGAACUCAUCAGGGCAAAGUCCUCCCCUACACCAGAUGGAGGAGAUGAUUCCAUGGAGUUUGUGAGUUUCUUUCCAGACUUUGUCUGGACCAUACGGGAUUUCACCCUGGAGCUGAAGUUAAAUGGUCACCCUGUCACAGAAGAUGAGUACCUGGAGAAUGCCUUGAAGCUGAUUCCAGGAAGAAAUCCCAAAGUGCAAAUAGCCAAUCUUCCCAGAAAGUGUAUCCGGCAUUUCUUUCUAAAACGGAAGUGCUUUGUCUUUGAUCAGCCAACAAAGGACAAAGAACUUCUAGCCAAUAUUGAGAAUGUUCCAGAAAAUGAACUGGAUCCUAAAUUCCAGGAACAAACAAAGAAUUUCUGCUCUUACAUCUAUACUCAGUCAAGAACCAAAACCCUCAGAGAGGGAAUCGUGGUCACUGGGAAACGGCUACAGACUCUGGUGGUGAAUUAUGUGAACACCAUCAACAGUGGAGCAGUGCCUUGUUUGGAGAAUGCAGUGACAACUCUGGCCCAGAUCGAGAACUCAGCGGCUGUGCAGAAGGCAGCCGACCACUACAGCGAGCAGAUGGCCCAGCGAGUGAGGUUCCCCACAGACACGCUCCAGGAGCUGCUGGACCUGCACGCGGCCUGUGAGAGGGAAGCAAUUGCGAUUUUCAUGGAGAAGUCCUUCAAGGAUGAGCAGAGGGAGUUCCAGAAGAAGCUUGUGGAAAUCAUAAAGGAUAAGAAGGAUGACUUCAUCCUGCAGAAUGAAGAGGAAUCUGUUAAGUACUGCCAGGCUACCCUUGAUCAGCUUUCAGUGGCCCUCGUGGAAAGUAUUUCAGCAGGAACUUUCUCUGUUCCUGGGGGUCACAAGCUCUACUUGGAAACAAAGGAAAGGAUUGAAGGGGACUAUUACAAAGUGCCCAGGAAAGGAGUGAAGGCGAAUGAGGUCCUCCAGAGCUUCCUGCAGUCACAGAUGGCCAUAGAGAAAUCCAUCCUGCAGGCAGACAAAGCACUCACAGAUGGGGAGAAGGCCAUGGCAGAGGAGCGGGCCAGGAAGCAGGCUGCUGAGAAGGAGCAGGAGCUGAUGAAACAGAAACUGCAGGAUGAGGAGCAACAGCUGGAGGCCCAGAGGAGGAGUCUCGAGGAAAACAUAGCUCAGCUGAAGGAGAAGCUGGAGCGAGAAAGAGAGAACACAAUAAGAGAGCAGAAUAUGAUGUUGGAGCAUAAACUGAAGGUACAAGAAGAUCUGCUUGCUGAACAGUCUAGAGAGAAAUCUGAAGAGAUGAAUGCAGAGAUAAAUCAGUUGAGAAAUAUGAUUAAAACUGAAAAGGACAGUCACUUUAUUUCAGAAACCUUGAAUAUAAUUAUCAAGGAGAUCAUUCAAAUAUUGUUUGCUAAAUCUGUUGGUAAUAUUAUGACAAGAGUGAGCUCACUAUUUAAAAAGAUCUAGUUCUUCAUUUAAUGAAAUUAUAAAAUGUAGAUAUAUGCUCUGGCUUAUUUUUUUGUAUAUACACCUCUGAACUGAGAGGCAGAGACAGAUUAAAAUGACUUGGCUAAAGUUACAGCCAGCAGGUGACGGGGGAGGAGCAGCAUUAUCUAGAGACAACAUUUUACCCUGGGGAGGCAAAUAUAAAAAAGCACCAGAGGAUCGAGGUUUGGUUCCCAGUCAGGGCACAUGCCUGGGUUGCAGACCAGGUCCCCAGUUGGGGGGUGGUGCAUGAGGGGCAACCACACACUGAUGUUUUUCUCCCUCUCUUUCUUCUUCCCUUCCCCCUGUCUAAAAUUAAAAUAAAUAAAAUCUUUAAUAAAUUUAUCAUGUACAUGUACUGGAAUAUUAUGUAGCCAGUAAAUAAGUUGGGGGUGGUACUCUAUUUGUACCAACAUAGAACAAUCUUCAAAAUAUGUCACACAGAGAAAAAAAUGAAGUACAAAACAGCCUGUAUAAUGUGUUUAAUGUAAAUAAAUGUAAUUAUUGUGUGCAUUCAUAAAUAGACAUGAAUGUUUCUGUAAUGAUUCAUUAGAAGCAAGCAACAUUGGUUUCUCUGGAUAGGACUGAUAUGAUCAGGGCUGGAAAACAUACAUGCUUUUCAUUAUAAGUUGUAGAUUUUGAAUUUUAUAAAGAAAGCUUAUGUUAACAUUUUAAAUAAAAUUUAAAAUAAAGAAAGAAAAAUUAAAAUGCAAUACUAAUAUAAAUAAUAAGAAGAAAAUGUGAAGUUGGCUAUUAGAUGAUGAAAUUGUUCAUUGUUUCUAGAAAUGAUAUUAGUCUGCUCCAAGAUCAGAAUACUACAAAACCUAAAAUUCGAAUCCUCAUCUUGUUUUUGUUUUAGCCUUGAGUCUUGAUCCUCUAUAUUUAUUUCAAAACUAAGAUAUAAACUUUUAUGUUGCCCUUUGAGGGCCCUGCUAACUUAUCCUCUUUUGCCUAUCUCUGAACUACACUUUUAAGGUGUGAAAUUUAAACUACUAAACAUAAGAAUAUGCACUGGUGAGAGGGAUUCUAUCAUCUUAAAAGUGCAGUGGUGGCCUCUUUGCUGUAGGCAAGAGCCAGAAGGGACCUGUGCCAUUGCAGGACUGGAUACCGCAGCUAGUGCAGGGGAUGAUAAAUCUUCACACAUGGAGGCCAGGUGUUGGCACUUCAAUAUCAGAAACCAAGUACGUACAAUGACAGUAAUGAGCAUUGUGGUUUAUCUUAGCUCAGGCUGCUAUGGCAAAUUGCCAUGUAUUGAGUGGCAUAGACAAUAAACAUUUAUUUCUCCCAGUCCUAGAGGCUGUUAGUUUGAGAUCAGUGUGCCAGCAUCCCAAGGCAAAGAGCCCUGCAACUCUGGAACAAGGAAUAAUGAUAACAAUUUUCCCAUUCCUCCUCUAAGGGGACCUCUGCCCAUUUACUUGGUACCUGUGUUCUGGGGAAAUGGAAAUGCUCAAGCAAUUUGAUGACUUUUGACAAGUUGUCAGUGAUACCAGUUAUGGAAAAGACAUCACAGUCUUGCGUCUGAAUGCAGGUCCAGCUGCCUGCUAUUUUAAAAGCUAAUACUCAAGAGGCAGGUGCUGAUGUAAAGUGGUUUUAUUCAGGUGCCAGUGGUUUUAUUCAGGAAGGUGGGAGACUCUUGCGUCAAAGUCCAUCUCAGUAUCUCAGGCAUCCUGGCUAGAACAAACAGGAACCGUGGUAAGAAGGAACUAAGGAACAGUUCACUUUCUGGUGAACCUCACUUUCUGGUGAAGUGCAGUUUCUCAGCUCUGCUUUUGGGUGGUUUCAGUGCUACCUCUUGUGUACAUCAUCAUGUAGUUUCACUGUUCUGUCCACAGUUUCACUGCUGAUAUCUGGGAACAGGACACGCAGGCAGCAUCUCUGCUGGUUCUGAUAUGAGUCAUUGACACUUGCCCAGUUUCUUGUGGUCAGGGUCAUGUUUUGGUUCAGCAGGAGCUACAACUGCUGAUGUCUGUAAAAUCCGUAUAAGGAAACUUGUAGUACAUGAAUCUUCUAUGAGUUUGUUAUACAGCCUAUUCUAUUGUUAUGAUCUGAUUAGUAAAUAAAUUAUGUUUACGUCGA